CCCCCCCCCCCCCCCCCCACUCCCUCUGCCAUCCCUUUGCAUCAAGCCGCAAUGGUUAUGCGUUAGUGCGGGUCUCUUGCCGAUUUAUGCGUAAAGGUUUCUAAUAUAUUUAACGCUAAGUUGAUUCGAGUGUUCAAAAGUGGUUCGUGUGGCUAAAAAGGAGGACGGAGCCGGAGGUAUCGCGAUGGCGGAGCGAUCCGGUGCCCGAAGAAGGUCACGGCGGGACAGCAGCGAAGCAGGUACCUCUCGCAACACCACUCCAACGUCCAAAGAUAAGCGCACGAAGCGACCUAUAAAACCAACGAAAGAGCGAUGGCUGCUGACUCGGAAGACUUGGCGCUACAUGGCGGAUGCAGGAAGGAAACUAAUACCCGACGGGGUGCACAAUCGCCAAGAGGAUAUACCAAAGAUCGAGGAAUACUUUCAGGAAAUGUGCCAGAAGGAACCGAAGUUUUUGCUUUUGAGGAAAGCCUCGUAUCCAAGCUCGUUGGGCUUCCGUACCCAUCGACGCCGGAGAACCGGAAGGGGUGGUAGCUGUCGUGUCAAGGCGAGUUCCGCCGACGAGGCCGACGUAAACGAAACGCGCGGACCCGGUCCGGCGUUUCUUCUCCAGGCAACGUCCGGGGGAAGAUUUGACAUUACAAAAAUGAAACGGGAUUGGUUGCAGGCCGGCGCUGGUGUCGGUAGCUCCCCGGUUACACCGGAAGCUCAGCGAAAAUUACCCCACGAAGAUGCCGAGGCAAAAGCACUGGCGGAUAUGUUACAAAAAUAUUUGAAUAUGCAAGGAGAAGGUUGUACGACGAGUCCCGUAAAAUCCUCCCCCAACCAAGAUACGAUUCAGUCAAAGGAACCAUUCAACUACCAAAAUCUUAUCGACAAGCUUCAGCAGCAUCUUGACCUUAUAAUGGCCCAGGGUCGAGGAACUGACGUCUCGAACGUUCAUCGCGGUGGCGUACCGAUAACCAUGCUACCCUACCAAGGCGACUACGUGCACAAGUCGCUGCUCGACACCCUCAGCCGUUAUUACAGUAAAUCGCCAAAUCGCGAUCACGUGAUAUCUGACAUAUUGACGGACCGAAAGCUUCUCGAGAAAUUGUACUUCGACUUAAGGUGUACACGGGGCUUUCGGGGCCCGAGGUCCGCAGGUGCUUGCGCGUCACCCGCGUCCCAGUGGCGUUUCAAUACUGAUCGUGAGGCUAGAACGCAAAAGGACGGUGGAGGUAGCCGCCCGGACAGAAGAAGGGAUCUCGGUUCGCCGCCGCCGCUGAUCGCGGUUCAAGGCCCGAGCACAGACAGGGGACCGGUCGAUGACAUCGUCCAAACCGACCCGAUACCGCGGGACGUGAUCGAAUCCUGUCUGCCGGACCAACGGGACGAGCAGACCAGCAAGGACAUCCAAAAGUUGGGAGGUCCCGCCGGGUCUUCGCGACGUAGGAGUAGCGUGGACAAUGACGACGUUUCACCCUCCGUCAGCGAUACCAUAAAACGAUACCUACGAAUGGCACGGAAGAAAUCAAUGGACGCUGAGAAGGUCGAUAGGUUCAAGAGGGUAAACUAUGACAGAAAUUUGCGAAACAUUAAAGGAAGGUGCGACGAUAGCGCGAGACCAAGCGAGGAUGACGGUAACAGCAAGGGUUGUCAAACGCAGGAUAAUUGGGCUGUUAAUUAUCGUGAAAUGUUCGAUAUCGUCGAUAAUUUGUCGGAUCCGGAGAACACGUCGCCGGGGAGUCGUAACGCUAGUUCACGUAGUAGUAUUGACGCUGGAUUAGGCUCGGAAGAUACACCCCCAACACCGAAACAACACCAGUCCUUCCUCUCCCAUUUCCUGCAUGGUUCCAAUCCCAACAGAGACAAGCCGCAUUCAGCGCCAGGUUCUCCAGCUAUGACGUCCUCGAAUUCCGCAGGUGGCGCAGCGAUGCAGAAAAGUAAAUCGUCGAGCAGCGUGGUGCAUCACGGAAGCAGGCUGGUGGCCAAGAAGAUAUGGCGAUCAAGGAGCAAGAGCACGUCGAGAGCCUCCAAUCAACCGUCCGUAUGGACACCGCAGGGAAGAUGCACUUGGGCUGGGGCAGGAGGUCGUCGCGUUACUCUUCAAGAUACACCACUUCGAGCCCUCUCGGACGUCGAACGCCGUGUGCUUUGUCAAGUGGCUGUCGCGAAAUUACAAGCCCUAAAUCUUGGGGUCCACAUUCGUCCACCUACCGAAACUUUGGGCGGCUCGGUAACGACGAAGCCGAAACGUCGUGCUUAUUUACUGAAGCGUAAGGCUCUGACAACUGGAUUUUUCGACAACAAGGGAAAAGAUGAUAAGGAUAAGGAAUCCGUAGGUGGUCUGGUUUUUGGAAUCCCACUAUCUCAGUGCCUCGAAAACGACAGGAUCGCCAGGAUCGCCGCUGCAGCUGGAGAGAUUAGCGACGUUGGGAGUUUGACGAGAAACAGUAGACACGGAAGCAGGGCCAGUUUUACCAGUCUCAUUGAAGUGCCCAGCGUCGCUGCGAAAACAGACGAGGGGGGCUCCUGCGAGUCACUACCGUCAAAAGGUGGAGCUUUGACCAGCAGUGACUCGGGUUUGCUGGAGCUGAGCGACAGUGGAGGUGGCGGUGGAUUUCCGGGUGAGUGGGAUUCCGUUCCAGCCGUUGUCCAGCAAUGCGUCAAAUACCUCCAAGUCAGCGGACUCCAUACUCUUGGUAUAUUUCGCGUGUCUCCCUCAAAGAAAAGAGUUCGUCAGCUGCGAGAAGAUUUCGACUGCGGACGAGAAUCGAAAAUUGGUCCUGACCAAUGCCCGCACGAUGUGGCUGCUCUGCUGAAGGAGUACUUUCGGGAUUUACCAGAUCCUCUUUUGUGCAGAGAUCUCUACCAGGCGUUCGUUCACACACAGAAGAUAAGAAACAGACGACUGCAGCAGGAAGCUCUGCAGCAUUUGAUUCAACUGUUGCCGGCGCCAAAUCGUGACACUCUGUGGGCUUUGCUCAAUUUCUUAGGUGAAGUUGCUGGGAACAGCGAGGACCACAAAAAUGAGGCCGGUGAAUGGAUCGCCGGUAACAAGAUGGACGCAACUAACUUGGCUACCGUAUUUGCGCCGAACAUCCUACACUGCGUUAAGCCAGGGCAAGCGCGACCGGAAAUCUCGGCGGAAAGGGCUGAAGAACGAAUCGACGUGAUAAACGUCGUCCGCGCUCUGCUCGAACAUAGUUCAGUUUUGUUCACCGUACCCGCAGCGCUCCUCGACGAACUCUAUCUACACAUGAUGGACACGCAUCCCGCCGACCUGGACGCCGCUUUGACCCGCCGUGCAGACGAGCAAUGCGGGGACGAUGGUGAUCCUUGCAGCGAGGCGGAGACGUUCUCCGAGGAAGCCGUAGCGCCACGGAAGGUUUGGACGCGGGAACAGUGUCUCCAUCAGACAGCCGGCGUCGGGGGCGACAUCGGGCCAAGGCCGAGGCGAUCGAAACGUCCCGGUUUUCGACGAAAGGACGGGAGCACCCGCAGCAACAGCGUCGACAGCGGUUCGAGCGAGGAUCCAACCGAUCCUAGGCGAAAAUCGUCACCCAUGGUGAUUACGGCCAGCCUGACGAUACCCAUGUCCGGAUUCACCCUAAACCUCGACGACCCCGAUAUACCUUACAUCGAGGAAGGACCGAAACAACCAUGCGCACCCCCGCGGCGGCAAAGACAACGAUCGAUAUCCGGUUGCAGCGAAGGUGGCGGUAGACACGGAAGCGACAGCGCGGUGGGAUCUUCGACUACCUUGUCGGGCGAUCAACCCCCAAGCUCGCCACCCUCGUGGGCGUCCAGUCCGCCGGCGAGUCCCGAUAGCGCGGUCACUGCGGUUUCCUACAUACCCGAUCAUCACGCUGUUCUGCAAAGGGUGUCCUUUACUACCUCGAGCGAAGUUCGCCAAAUAUCGAGGUCAAGCAGUCAGAACAGUCAGACUGUAUCAACGGCUGCAUCCUUGGAAACCCCGAAGAGCUCGGUUGGCUCUUACACGCCAAGCAUAACUAGUAUCGGCGGUGCCGUGUUAAGGUCGAAGACCGCGGAUAUCGAGAGAAUGCUGCACAUCACCAAACCGGAAAUUAGUAAUUCACCGGCGAGCCCGUCACCGAAACAGCAACAACCAAUUACCAAUUCGAACGAAAAUAAGAAAUAUACAAAGAGACGUUACACCGACUCGCGGCAUCAAACAAGGCACAUACCUGACGCCGAAACCCUCGCAGCCAAGUCACCGCCGACGGCAACGACGACGACGACCACAACGACGACGAUGUCGACGUCUAUGACGCCGACGCCUUCCACGCAAAAUACCAGGGUGAUUCCAGCGCCCGUGUGGAAACGCCGAGAGCUGAUAUCCAGCGCUCCGAAAGACCGAGAGACUUAUUUUUGAUAGUAAGUCCAAUUUCCAGGGCAUAGGUAUAUAAUACUACCGCAUUUACGGGUAGGAUGGAUGUGGAUAUGCAUCCGCACCCACCCCGUACACUCGCAGCACCAACUCAUGGCUCCAGAUUUGACGCAUACCCUUGUGAGAUAUUCUGGUUCUGGAUAAGAUACAUUUCCAAUACACGUCGCCCUGGUAACGCCCAUAGCUUUGCCCAUAUCGUGCAAUACUGGCUCCGUGUAUUUCUAUUCUCGAUACCCACGGUAAUGCAAGUACCACAGACUUGCAAGAAAUUCUUAAAAAUCUUGUCCGAAAGUACUUUCUACAUCUACCUGACGCUGUGUUCGUACGUGCUUAAGCACGGAGAAAAGGAAUUGCCAAAGAAACUCCAAUUGUAGUAUAAUUGACUCUAAUCACAGUUAACUAUUUGACAGAUGCGGUAACUUUGUAUUGUUACUGUUGCUGAAAAAUUGUUGACAAUCAUUGGAUUUUCUGAGAAAUUGUAGCGAUCGUAGAAUGAUUCGAUUGUUUUAGAUACAAGUUCAGAAGCCGAAUAUUUUUUUGUGUGCUUGUAAGAUUCUGGUAUCGUGAUGCAGUCAAUUCUAUCACAUUGUUUUGGCAAUGCUGCGUUGUUAACUUGAGAUUAAAAUCGUGUUUAUGCUAUUGCAAGUAUUACUUUAUAUCACUGUAGUACUUUCCGCACGUGCUUUAUAUAGCAAUAUUCUGCUGCACCAUAACC